AUGGCUGAGAAGACCUCAGAGGAGACCCGGCUAUGUAAUGAGCCCAUACUUCAGGAUGCUUCGCAGGGCCUCCAGGACAGCUUGUUCUCCUCUGAAAGUGACAACAGCCUGUACUUCACCUACAGUGGCCAGUCCAACACUCUGGAGGUCAGAGAUCUCACCUAUCAGGUGGACGUCGCCUCUCAGGUGCCUUGGUUUGAGCAGCUGGCUCAGUUCAAGAUACCUUGGCGGUCUCACAGCAACCAAGACUCCUGUGAUCUGGGAAUCCAGAAUCUGAGCUUCAAAGUGAGGAGUGGGCAGAUGCUGGCCAUCAUAGGAAGCUCAGGCUGUGGGAGAGCCUCACUACUAGAUGUGAUCACGGGCAGAGACCACGGUGGCAAGAUGAAAUCGGGACAGAUCUGGAUCAAUGGGCAACCCAGCACGCCCCAGCUGGUGCGGAAAUGUGUGGCGCACGUGCGCCAGCAUGACCAGCUGCUCCCUAACCUGACUGUCAGAGAAACGCUGGCUUUCGUUGCCCAGAUGCGCCUGCCCAGGAGCUUCUCUCAGGCCCAGCGUGACAAAAGGGUAGAGGACGUGAUUGCAGAGCUGCGGCUGAGGCAGUGCGCCAACACCCGCGUGGGUAACACCUAUGUGCGUGGGGUGUCUGGGGGUGAACGCCGGAGAGUGAGCAUCGGGGUGCAGCUUCUGUGGAACCCAGGAAUUCUCAUUCUGGAUGAACCCACUUCCGGCCUUGACAGCUUCACUGCCCACAACCUGGUGAGAACCCUGUCCCGCCUGGCCAAAGGCAACAGGCUGGUGCUCAUCUCCCUCCACCAGCCUCGCUCUGACAUCUUCAGGCUGUUUGACCUGGUCCUUCUGAUGACAUCCGGCACCCCUAUCUACCUGGGGGCCGCGCAACACAUGGUGCAGUACUUCACAGAAAUUGGCUACCCUUGUCCUCGCUACAGCAACCCUGCCGAUUUCUACGUGGACUUGACUAGCAUUGACAGGCGCAGCAAAGAACAGGAAGCGGCCACCAUGGAAAAGGCUCGGUCACUUGCAGCCUUGUUCCUAGAAAAAGUGCGAGGCUUCGAUGACUUUCUGUGGAAAACAGAGACGAAGGAACUCAACACGGGUACCUACACAGUCAGCCAGACCCUCCCACAGGACGCGGACUGUAGAGCUACUGCUAAGCUGCCCAGAACGAUACAACAGUUUACCACCCUGAUCCGUCGUCAGAUUUCCAAUGACUUCCGAGACCUGCCCACCCUGCUCAUCCACGGGACGGAAGCCUGCCUGAUGUCCCUCAUCAUCGGGUUCCUUUUCUAUGGCCAUGAUAUCAAGCCGCUCUUCUUCAUGGACACAGCAGCCCUGCUGUUCAUGAUAGGAGCACUCAUCCCUUUCAAUGUCAUUCUGGAUGUCGUCUCCAAAUGUCAUUCGGAGAGAUCAAUGCUGUACUAUGAGCUGGAAGAUGGACUGUACACUGCUGGUCCAUAUUUCUUUGCAAAGGUCCUCGGAGAACUGCCUGAGCACUGUGCCUAUGUCAUCAUCUAUGGGAUGCCUAUCUACUGGCUGACCAACCUGCGGCCAGUCCCUGAGCUCUUCUUCCUGCACUUCAUGCUUCUGUGGCUGGUGGUCUUCUGCUGCAGGACCAUGGCCCUGGCUGCCUCCGCCUUGCUGCCCACCUUCCACAUGUCCUCCUUCUUCUGCAAUGCCCUCUACAACUCCUUCUAUCUAACUGCGGGCUUCAUGAUAAACUUGGACAACCUGUGGACAGUACCGGCAUGGAUUUCCAAACUGUCCUUCCUCCGCUGGUGUUUCUCGGGGCUAAUGCAAAUUCAAUUUAAUGGAUACCCUUACACAGUGCAGGUCGGCAACCACACCUUCACAGUUCCCGGAGAAAAGAUGGUCGAUAUCAUGGACCUGAACUCGCACCCACUCUAUGCUAUCUACCUCAUCGUCAUUGGCAUCAGCUGUGGCUUCCUGUUCCUGUACUAUCUGUCCUUAAAGUUCAUCAAACAGAAGUCAGUUCAAGACUGGUGA